CUCUCCUGCAGGGAAGGUCCACCAAUCACCGCCGUCCCCUCACCCCCGGAAGCGCUCCCCUAUUCUUAGUUAGGCCCAGCCAAUCCUGAGAGGCCUAACUUGGGGCAGUUCUUCCAAUAGCAGCCCGGGAAAUGGGCCGGACGGGCGAGGGCUGAAGCCCAGAAGAGGGACUGGCAGGAGUUAGCCCCGCCAUGAAGGUAAGCUCGCGCAUGUGCACUGGCCUUCGGCCCCUGCUGAGAGCUUGGCUUCUUCAGUUACGCUCAGUGCUUUUCCAGGUAGUGACGCGUCCUAUUCCCGGCUCGCGUACCGUCCGAUUCUGUAAACUGGGAAAACGAGGCCCACAGGUCGAAGCAAUUACUUUAGGAUAUCAAAAGGUUGAAGCAAGUAAUUAAUCAAAUCUCAGCUCAGAGAACCGAGCACAAAGCCGCUAGCAGCCACUACUUGUGUGCAGCUCCGCCCCUCUUUAGGCGAAGCAGCGAGGCCUGACCCUUCCCGCGACCCGUCGUGGGGCGGGGCAAGCGCGGAAGGCUUGGCGGGCAGUGCUGCGCUAUGGAACCAGACGGGACCUACGAGCCGGGCUUCGUGGGUAUUCGAUUCUGCCAGGAAUGUAACAACAUGCUUUAUCCCAAGGAGGACAAGGAGAACCGCAUUCUGCUCUACGCGUGCCGGAAUUGUGAUUACCAGCAGGAAGCCGACAACAGCUGCAUCUACGUCAACAAAAUCACGCACGAAGUGGACGAACUGACCCAGAUCAUCGCUGACGUGUCCCAGGACCCCACGCUGCCGCGGACCGAGGACCACCCGUGCCAAAAGUGUGGCCACAAGGAGGCGGUGUUUUUCCAGUCGCACAGCGCCCGAGCCGAGGACGCCAUGCGCUUGUACUACGUGUGUACGGCCCCUCACUGCGGCCACCGCUGGACCGAGUGAACCCCCCCUCUCCACGUGUAAUAAAUGCUCUGUUCUGUG